AUGCCACUUUUAUUUAACCGCCCCAUUUUGGAAAAAGACAGUUACAAUCCUUCCUUUGCAGGCAUAUCAACUUUUGCACACUUACCUUAUUUACAAUGUUGGGCCGAGGAUGCCAAUGAAGAUUAUGAUAUUGCCGUAAUGGGAGCACCUUACGAUAUCGGUGUCACCUUCAGAACGGGGGCUCGGUUCGGCCCUUCAGCUAUUAGAGAAGGCUCUAAGCGUAUCAAGGGUUACAACAAUGAAUUGCACAUCAAUCCUUUCAAGUCAUGGGCGAAAGCAGUUGAUUGUGGCGAUAUACCUUUCGAGCCUUUUGACAGUGGCCAUGCUAUGUCUCAAAUUGAAUCACAUGCCAAGUACCUACUGACGCGUCCUGCUCGUCCUACUCACUCUCAACUCAACGGCGGAAUUCCUCGUUUGAUUACUUUAGGUGGCGAUCAUACCAUUUUAUUGCCCGUUUUGCGUGCUAUGCGUGAGGCACACGGUAGACCCAUUGCUGUUGUCCACUUUGACUCUCAUUUGGAUACAUGGGCGCCUGAGAUCUACAAUGUCAAAGCGCGUGGAUCCAAAUACAACCAUGGUAAUCCUCUCUAUCAUGCUUCUGUCGAAGGAUUAACCACCAACGGCACCUCAAUGCACGUUGGCAUUCGAUCCAGUUUAUAUGAUAAGGAUGACAUUCUGCGCGACGAGCAAUUAGGUUUUAAAAUGAUCAAAGCAAACGAUAUAUUUACAUUGGGCGUGGAGGGUAUUUCUGAACGUAUUAGAGAAUAUUUGGGAUCACCAGAAGAGGUAUUGGUGUAUUUAUCUAUUGAUAUCGAUGUUAUCGAUCCCUCUAUGGCCCCCGCCACAGGCACACCAGAAACAGGAGGUUUUCUAACAAGAGAAAUGAGAUAUAUUCUACGCAGUUUGUAUGGAUAUAAUAUUGUGGGUACAGAUAUUGUCGAAGUGGCGCCUGCCUAUGAUACACAAGCUCAAUUGACAUCCUUCCUGGCUGCUGAUCUGAUUUAUGAAAUUAUGUCUAUGAUGGUAAAAUAUGGAGAGGAGCAUAAAUGA